AGUGGGGGCUUUGGUCUUAUGAGCAGCUUGGUGGCCUGCAGACAUAACAACCCACACCCCAGGCAGGAUACACCACCACCGUCCUCCAGUCUGCCAGUAGAGGGUGCAGUAGACGCUGGGGAGCCCCAUAGGACUCAACCCAACAGUGACAACAGAGACACACAGGUUGACACCGUAGUAGAUCCGAUGCUUGACUUGGACAUUCAGGAGCUGGCUAACCUGACCGCUGGUGACGCAGACGUGGAGAACUUUGAACGCCUCUUCACCAAACUGAAGGAGAUGAAAGAUAAAGCCUCAUGGUUACCUCCUGAACAGAGGAAACUUCAUGCUGAGAAGGUUGCCAAGGCGUUUUGGACGGCCAUCGGAGGAGAGCAGGAUGAGAUAGAAGGCCUGUCGUCAGGGGAGGAGAGUUAAAGGGAGACUGAGGAGCCACACUCUUCCUUCCUGUCCCCAGUCGUCCCCUUCCUGUCCCCAGUCGUCCCCUUCCUGUCCCCAGUCGUCCCCUUCCUGUCUCCAGUCCUCCCCUUCCUGUCCCCAGUCGUCCCCUUCCUGUCCCCAGUCGUCCCCU